AUGGCGUAAGUAUAUCACUCGGUCAUAGAUCGCUGAAUCGAAAUUUGCAGAAACAAAAAUCAAGCUCCGAAAAAAUCACCAAACACUAAGAACACCAAUGUCAAACGGAAAGGACGGGACCAGAAAGCGGAGAACACGGCGGCAACCGAAGAGAGGACGGCGAUAACUGCGAAGUCGAAAGUCGUGGCGGCGAGGAAAACUGCGAGCAAGGCGUCGGUGAACCUCGACAAGAAGAAAUCCGUCACGGAAAUGGGAACCGCGUUGAAAAAGAGCAAAUCGACCGUUUCGGUGGACAAAACUACGUGCGAUGAGAAAGAGAAACCGAAAAAGAAGGAGAAAUGGACGGGGGAGGAGGCGGCGGUCCUGUUCACGAAGAGUCUGGCAUCUGUGAACAUGCAGGCCGAGUACGAAGAAAUUCAGAAGAUGCCGGCGAACGUGGAGAGGUGCAAGAUCUGGCAGGCGAACACCGGACGCAAUCGUCACCAGGACUACAAGUGCUACGAUGACAGCCGAGUCAUCGUGCAGUUCUGCAAGAACGACUACAUCAACGGGACCAAAAUCAACGUGCCGAAUGUGAGAAAAUUGCUAAUGUGCUCGGUAAUCACCUAUAUCUUUCAGUUUGCUCCUCUGACCUACCUAGUCCAACUUCCAAAGCUCGAUGUCGUUGACGCGGUCGAGGAGUUCUGGCGUAUGGUGUUCCAGGAGCAGUGCCAGUCCCUUCACAUCAUCGCACGACCUGAUGAGCUCCAGAACCCGGGCAUUGAGAAGUUGUUCCGGCAGGAAACAGGCGCUUGGCUCUACGCAAACGGAUUCUUCAUCAACACUAGAAAAGUGGAGAAAAAGGACGCAGCGAAAGCGGAUCAAUUCGUCGUGGAGCUCCUCCCGGAGGGAUGCUCCAAUUCUCUCAUGUGCACUGUCUUCCUGCACGCCUAUUGGAAGCCGUUCACCGGACCGGAACGAUUCGCCGCGCAAAUCAGAGCCGCCCAGCAGAUUGCCAAGAACGAGAACGCCGGCUCGCCUAUUAUUCUGGCGUCUGUGCACGGAGCCGGACGGAAUGCCGCUCUCCUCUCGCUCGCCGUAAUCGUGGAUCAGUUGGGAAAAGGAAAAGAGCCGAAGGUGACGGACGAUUCUUUUGGUUGUUAAGUUCAUAGUCUUUCUUAAGAUAAACGACAUCGUGCGCACAAUCCGAGAGCAACGGCCGAUGUCCGUGGAUUCGUGGUCGCAGUACGUGUCCCUUUACCUGGCCACCAACUGGUUGAUCAAGGCGAAGAUGAGCUCGGGCCCGACAACGGACGAAGUGGUCACUCGAAUCAAGAAAUUCAAUGAAAAGGCGAUGCACAGCGUGCCUACCUCGACUAUGAAGCCGCCGACUGAAGAAAUCGCAAUCUAG